CGUAGCCGGUGAAUAGUCGCGGUUUAAAGAAAAAAGCCGAGCCACGAGGAUCCUCGACUCGGUGGAGGCGGCGAUAAGGAGAAGUUAUGGGCAACGGCUCGUUAAGUGUCGACGUACCCCUGGCAGGCCGAUCGGCGUUGGGCGUCGAGUCUCAUUGUGGACGUCGACGAGUGUGCUUUCCCGAGGCGAGGUGGCUUCUGCGAUCUAAAGAAAAAGGGUAUGACGGAAACGAAAGGCGCUGGCUACUCGAGGACGACCUUGUGGGUCCUUUUCUGCUGCUGCGUCGCGCCGCUCGAUGGGAACGUCUACGGGUCCGUCUCGACGCAGGAAACGGUCACAGGAAAUUACCAGGGGAUCGGAUAUAAACUGGACGCCUGGUCGCAGUACGACAACCCCGAGGAAGCCGGUAGGCAGGAGGGCGACAUCGAGCUGGCCCCUGCGUCCAGGAAGACCGUCACGAGGAGGGAGAAGCUGCUCUGGCCGAACGGGGUGGUGAAGUACCACGUGCACGAGUCCAUCGCGAGCGCGCCGUCCGCCCUGGCAGUUCUCGAGGACGCGAUGGAGGAGAUCGAGCGCAGAACCUGCAUCAAGUUCGAAAGGGUACGACCUGACGCAAGAGGCAGGUUCCCUGGGCACUCCUGGGUAAAUAUUACAGGCCACGAGAAGGGGUGCUGGUCGGACCUGGGACGUUCCCCCUGGAAGCCGACCUACCUCAACCUGGAGGUCGACAGGUGUUUCAGGACCAGGGGACACGCCGUCCACGAGUUCCUGCACACUCUCGGGGUCUAUCACGAGCACAUGAGGUCAGACCGGGACCGGCACGUCAAAGUCGUCUGGGAGAACAUUAAAAAGGGGGACGCCUUCAACUUCAGGGUCCUGGCAGAGACCGAGGCCAAUACCUUCGGGCUGCCCUACGACUACGAUAGCAUCAUGCACUACCCGAUGACCGCGUUCUCCGUAAACAAGUCAUCGCCGACGCUAAUACCGCUGAGGAAGAACGCGAGGAUCGGGCAGAGGAUCCACCUGUCGUUCUACGACAUAGAGAAGCUCUUGAUCUCCUACGAGUGCAAGACCUUCAACGCCGAUAAUCUCUACAUGGCUCUGGGUCACGGUCAUCCGGAUGUCCUGCAGCUCCUGAGUUUCAACGUCUCGAAGCUGUACAAGCUGCAGUCGUUCAAGCACUUGAAAGACUACAAGGACGCGUUCAAGAACUACGGGAGUCCGGAUUUCGACGACUUCGACUCUCGUCGACACUUCCGGCGAGAGCGCAUUUCGAACGACUACUAGGUGCCUCGAGUUGAACGGAAAUGUAGUUGUUAACAGAUAGUGUAUCGCGAAGACGGACGAAGAUUAGAUGCGCGUAAAUAAUUA